AUGGUGAGUUCUUGGCAGGAGCUUGCCAUUUUUUUGGCUGUCGCGGAUCCUGAAGUGGCAGAGUUGCAUGCGUGCCGCCGAGCCAUAUUGCAAGCUCAAGAACUAAACGUGCAGAAGCUCAUCCUCGAGACGGAUUCUAAGGAAGCGGUCCAGAAGCUGCUAGACGUCAACAAAGAUUUCUCUCACACUGGGCAUCUAAUUCAGCAGAUCAAAAACUUGCUUGGAGUUGUCCAGGAGCACCGCGUGGUUUGGUUUCCGACCUCCCCAAUCCAGUCAGAUCGAUCUGUCUCAUCGAUGGACGAUGCGGCGCCGCCGGCCAGGGACUGGUCGCUGCUGCCCAUGGACGCGCUCUCGUCGAUCUUCGUCAGGGUCGGCGCCGUCGACGUCCUCAUGGGCGCAGGCCUCGUGUGCCGCUCGUGGCUCCAGGCGGCGAAGUUGCCGGACGUGUGGCGGGCCGUGGACAUGGAGAACCACGAGGUCGUGCUGCUCAAGAACAUACCUGUCCUGCGCGCAAUGGCGAAGGCGGCCGUUGACCGCUCCGAUGGACAGCUUCGGGUCUUCGCCGGGAAGCGUUUUGUUAGCGAUGAGCUUCUGAAGUGUAUAUCUUCGCCCUCACUGACCACCCUUCGGCUUGUAUCCUGCUACUGCGUUUUCAGCCAACGCCUCGCCAGUGUUAUAAAACAGUCGCCUCUGCUGGAGCUGCGUUCCCUUGAACUAGAUGAUACUGACAUCACCGUCCAAGAACUGACUGCUAUCCUUGAGAACUGUCCUGUUGUGGAGGUUCUCUGGGUGCACAAUUGCUUUGAAAUCGAUGUGGAUUAUGAGGAGCAUGCCCUCCGAGCAAAAUUUGCUAGGAUCAGAACCAUGACGAUCUGGUGCGAUGAUGAGUACCGUCUUUACUUCGACUGA